AACAUCAUCACGCACGGUGUCUGCCUCCCCAGACCCAAGAUGGCGUUUACAUUCGCGGCCUUUUGUUACAUGUUGGCGCUGCUUCUCACUGCCGCGCUCAUAUUUUUCGCUAUUUGGCAUAUUAUAGCAUUUGAUGAAUUGAAGACUGACUACAAGAAUCCUAUAGACCAAUGUAAUACACUCAAUCCCCUUGUACUUCCCGAGUAUCUCAUCCAUGCCUUCUUCUGUGUCAUGUUCCUGUGUGCAACAGAGUGGCUUACACUGGGUGUCAAUAUGCCACUGCUGGGCUACCAUAUCUGGAGGUACAUGACUAGACCAAUAAUGAGCGUUCCAGGUCUCUAUGAUCCUACUACUAUUAUGAAUGCAGAUAUACUAGCAUAUUGUCAGAAGGAAGGGUGGUGCAAACUAGCAUUUUACCUGUUGUCUUUCUUUUACUAUCUAUAUGGGAAGAAGAGAAAGCAGAGAAUUUUAAUGGAGUUGCUUCAUAUGAAAAUCCUAGAAAAUGACGAACUGCAGUGGGAAACUAUAUUGCUAUUCAGUCUUUACACUGAAUCUGCAGAAGAAACUAAAAGGAUAUAGGAAGCUAAGCAAGGAAUUGAGAAUCAGCCAGAAUGAUCUAUGUGCUGGUGAGUUCUUAAAUAACACUUGUGAGAUCCAGUGAAUUUGUUUACUCCAUGCAAGAAACAGAAGGACAUUGGUUUUUCACGAACUUGGGGCUCAUCUGCAGAACAUGUAGUUCACCAGAUAUGAAUGGCUUUUAUAUAUAUACAGAUUAAAUGCUUUUCCUUACUUUUCAUGGACAUUUUGGCCCCAGGGUUUUUUUAUGUAGAAAAAAUGAUUCUGCAGUUUGCCUUGAUCCAAAACCCAAGAAUUAAGUUUGUUCUUUACGAAUGAAAUCACUAAUCACAGAUUAUGUUUUAAAUGUAACAUUGAAUCGCACUCCUAUUUGCUAUUUACAGGUAUAUUAUGUUUAAAAAAAUUAUGUAACUUGGCUCAAAUAUCUUAUGUCCAGUUUAAAAAUAAAAGACCAGAGAAAUCUUGAUGUAGUUUGGACCCCUAAAACUCAAUGGAUAUUAUUUACACUUUUAGUAAAUUGAACAUUUAUAGGUUCUUUUGGAUUGUGCAAACAGAAUUUAUUUUAAAAGUUUAUUGUAUCCACAGGAAAAUGAUGGAAAUAACUAUGAUAGUCAAUCUUUACAGAGUAUACAAACUAAAGAUCUUUUUUACACAAAUGGGUCCCUUUCCCAUGCAAAGUAACGUUUAUUUAAAAAUAAAUCUUUUUGUUUUUGUUAAACAUUUGUCUGAAAAUACUUUUAGCUCUACUAAUGGUGCCGAGUAAUCCAUGUUGAUUUGACAUUUUUGUAUAGUUUUUAACUCCCUACACAACAUAUUUAGUUAUUUCGAGCCUCAGCUUAGCAAUUGUAUUAAUUAUAUUUGAGGUUCAAACAGCACUCGUUUUAAUCAUAAUAGCUCAUGUUAAUUUGUUCACUGAUGUCACUGGAUGUGGUGCAACAGCUUUGUUUAUUUUUCUGCACAAAAUCCUGCAAAAAAAGGCUUGGAAAUAAAUUAAUGAAUGUUAAAAACGUGUGCUGAAAAAUGCAACAUUUUAUGUUUAGGUGAACCAUGGGAAAUGUUAAUAACAAAAUGGUAAUAUAGAAGGUCUUGGGUUGUGUUUGGUACUACAGUAGAAAUAUCCCUGUUAGCAAAUUGAGACUGAUGCUGUUUAAGAAUAGAUUACAUACAUUUUAAUGAAAAUGUACAACUGUAAAUGAACAAAUCUGAUUAAAGACUUUACCAACCA